UUCCCUUGAAAGCAAACGGCGGAACCGGAGUUUCAAGUAUACAGUCCCAUUUAAUCUUAUAUAAUAGUUGCAUUUGUGAAUUCAUACAUUUAUACACGUCUUAACUCUCAGUUUGUCGUAAGAUUUAACAGUGUUUUGCUCUGUGUGUUCGCCGUUAGCUAACUAUAAACUAAAACAAUAGUCACUGGAGUUAGCUGAGAUUUAUUGGCCUGCUAACGUAUGUUGUCGUUGCUAACCACUCUGCCGAUGUAAAGCCUUGUUUUGGUGGAUAAUCUGUAACGUCCUCAGUGCAUAUUGAGGUUUAGGUUAGUACCACUGAGCGAUUCUGUUUUUCUUCCGCCUCAGAAAAUGUGUUGUCAGAGGGGUUAUUCCUGUUCCUGUUUUACUCCCGUCUCCUAACCGAUGUUUAGUUUCUAACCUGUCAACACAAUCUGUUUUGUAAGCGUCUUCACCAUGGAAGCAGAAAUACAGUUUUUGCGCGAUCAAGUACACAGGUUAAAUUCUGCCCUCAGCCAGUAUCAACAUGGAAAUCACACUCAGUCCACAUCAUUUCAGGUUGAGGAGACGGGACAAACAGAGUCUCCUGCACCCUGGAUCUCAGAUAGAAGUAUUAUGGCUCCGCUGAUUGCAGAGUAUGAUCGGCACAUGGAUGAAAUGACAGAGCAGCUACAGAGAUACCAGGUGCAGAUGGCAGAUGUAAAAGUGAAACUGGAGAGGGUUGUCAGUGAGAACGAAAGGCUUCAUGCAGAGCUGAGGGAGUCUGUGGAGAGGCAGCUCCAUGCUGUACCGGUGGUUCCUGGAGUGGAGGGCGGCACACUAGAGGAAGAAGCAGUCGUCAGAAACCUUCAGGAACAGAUCCAGCUGUCAGAACAGGAACGAGUACAAGCCAUGGAGCUGUGGCAGACAACAGUUCAGGAGCUGGACCGCCUUCAGCAGGUCCACCAGAAGACUGUCUCUGAUGGGCAGGUCCACAGUGCUCAGAGACAUCAGCUCAAGGAUCAGCUCGUUCAGUUCCAGCAGCACACACACAAACUCCAAGCGGCCAAUCAGAAACUGGAAUCGACCAACCAGCAGUUCCUCAAGACGCUGACGGAGCAGAGUACAGAGAUGGAGGAGCUCCACGGCCAGCUCAGGCAGGCUAAGGCUGAACUGAGAACAGCCACAGCCAAAGUGGGCGAGAUGACCAAACUGCUGCAGAGUGUCCAGGAUGAGAUCCAGAGGCGGGAGGAGGAUGUGGCAGAGGCUCAGGGCCGCGAGGAUGCAGCAGACAGAAGGCUCCAGCAGCUUCAGUCAGCCUUAAGCCAGCUGGAGGUCAGACUAAAAACUGCAACUCAGGAGGCCGAGACAGUUCGCAGAGAGCAAGCUGUGUGGGAGAGGAAGGUCAGUGAACUCCAGACCUGCUGCACCACCUUAGAGGAGGAGAAGUACGAGGCCCUGGCUAAAGUCCGAGAGAGCGUUCAGGUGGCCGAGGAAGCCGCAUUGCAGAAGGAACAGGCCCUGUUAAGAGAGAAACAGAAGACGGAGGAGCUAGAGAGGACAAGGGAGGCCAUAAAACAGUUGAUCCAGGAUGCUGCAGUCCGUACAAGGAAAGAGGUGGAUAACGUACGGAAGCAGUUCAACGUUCAAAUCCACCGAAUGGCCGAGGAGCUGUCUGCAAUGCAGCUGGAGUGUGCGGACAAAGAGUCUCAGAUUGAAAGGUCCCACCGAGAAAUAAAAGCUCUGGAGGAGGAACUGGAGAAGGUGUACAAAGAAGGGAGGGCAGAGCCAGAGUUCAGAAAGAUAGAUGCCCUUCAUCAAAGGUGUCUCGAUGCAGAGAGGAUGAAGGAAGACAUCAGCAUCACUCUGCAAAGCACCCAGGCCAAGCUUAAAAAAACAGAAAUGGACUACAGCGAGGAGCUGUCGCGCUGCCAGGAGGAUGUACGGCGGCUGCAGGACUCUCUGGCUGCAGCCCGGGAUGACUGUGUCGGCGUCAGUGACGAGCGGCUCCGCCUACAACAGGAGAACUUGCAGCUUCGUAGAGAAAUGGAUGAGAUGCGCAAGACCUCCCUGUUAGUUCAAAAGAAGGCCAAACAACAGAUGUCACAGUUGGAACAGGAAUACAGCCUGAAAGAGCAGGGACUUGAUGCACGAGUGCGCGAGCUGGAGGAGAGCAGCCGGAGUUCCAGCGCCGAUCUGACACGCCUCCUCACAGCACAACAGAAAAGCACUCAGCGUUGGAAGGAGGAGGCCAAGAACCUGGUCCAGGCUUUUGAGACAAAAAUCACAAGCCUCAAGGCAGAGCUGAAUCGGCAGAAGCAGCGUUCUCACGAGCUUGAGAUGCAGCUGGACACUGACCAUGGUACUAUUGCUGAGUAUGAGAGGCAGUUAGCAGAGUAUCAAGAGAAGACAAAUCGUCUCCAGAGACGACUGACACAAGCUGAACAAAGGGCAACGUCUGCUACACAACAGUUGAGCAUGAUGGCAUCACAGCAAAGGAAAACACCCCUGACUCAUCCAGAGACUGUAUAAUGCCAGUGUGAUUUACUGUUGUUUACUUCACAGACUCCUAUGGGUAACCAAGUGCCCUGCUGGUGACAAACAAUCAAGUUUUCAAAUAAAUCAAAGGGAUCACAAGUUUUAUUGCAGUGCCACAAAUACAACAAAACACAGUGAUAAUGUUUUUUUUUUGUGGUAAAAAGUGAUUUUCACAAUUUUCUUCAGAUCGUAUGAGAUGCGAUUUAGACUACUUAAAACGAAACUGUAGAAAAUUUUUUCUGACCUAUCCCAAGGCUUCUGGGGGGUUUAUUAUGCAAUAUGAUAUUCUUUUAAAACAAUAUCAUUGCAAUAUUUAACCCUUUAUCAGGAAAGUCACUAUUUUUGGUAAUUUCCGCAUACAUUACAAGACAGUGACAGUUACAGUAAGGACAGUGAGUCAACAAUCUCAGGUCCAAUGUGGU